GAAAAACUGUGGGAUGAUAUAGAAACGGAGUUAAAAGCAUUUAUAAGGUAUAUAACAGAACAGAAUACGGAGGGUUGGGAUGAGAACUGUGAAAAUGUGUAUUAUAAGCACCCGAAGAAUCCUAAUGGUCCGGAGGUCAAAGUCACACGCGCGGGAGAAAGAAUUAUGUGCAGACUAAUGGUAGGAGCAUUAUAUUUUAUGAAUGAGAACAGUUGGACUAUGUCGGGACGGAGUAGGGGGGUUAGUAAUGAUGAUGACCUGAAGGAAUAUGUGCGGUGUGCCAUUGUCAAUAUGUAUAUGGAAAUACUGAAGGAAUCAUCAUGUGAAGGCGCCUGGGGUUUAUGGUAUGCAUGGUACACCAUGAAACAGAUGGAAGAAGGGUUAAAGGGUGGUUUAAUAACCAGAGCUAAAUGUGGGCACGGAGUGUUGCAAAACAUACAAACAGAGGAAUUCGACAUGGCACAGAAGAUUCAGGCAUGGUUAAAGAAAAACAAGACGUUGACUGACAAAAUUGCACGGCCCGAAAUACAAAGCAUAUGUAACAAAAAAUUAGAAGAACUUGGGGCGGCCACAGAGGGUACACAUGCCAUGCUUGACAAAAUACAACUGCAGACACAGGAGAAAACACUGAUACAGAAACUAGGCCAAGAAUUGAAGAACAUAGUUGAGGAGGUACAGACAGAGGUACUGCAAUGGGCGCGGGACCAUGGAGCAUCCAUAAACCCAAGCGGAGAGGACCCCAGUAAAGGUCCUGCGCAUGAUGAUACUGAGGCAAAAGCACCAAACUCUGUAAAGAGCGAUAAACCAGAAGAAUCCGGCAAAGUAGACGGCAAAGAACCGCCCAAACCGGCCACGACGACUACUGAGACGGCAACGCCACAGGAACCUCCAGCUAAGGACCGAUGGGAGAAAGCACCAAUACGGCACGCACACCAACACGGCUCGACACGGCCGGCCCGCAUGACCCGUACGCCUCCAUACUGCCGCAUAUGGAUGCCACCACAACAACGCCAUGGCCACAAACACGCACGGCCACCAUAUGCAUGCGCCCACCACAACAACGCACACGGGAACAACCAACAGCGCGGUGCGCAACAUCACCCCCUCGUUGAGUCGAGCACAGCAACACUUCGUUGA